AUGGGGCCCGAACCUACCGCAGUUGAGAAUGGCCAGAUCCAGCAAGACGACAACGAGGAGGUAAAUGACCUCAUCAAGAACCAACACACCGUCACCGUCAAGCUCGUCGACCAACAAGCAGACCCCAACUCGCCCCUCUACUCUAUCAAAACCUUUGAAGAGCUGCACCUGUCCGAGCCUCUCCUCAAGGGUCUCUACUCCAUGAAAUUCAACAAACCAUCAAAGAUCCAGGAGAAAGCGUUGCCGCUCUUGUUAUCCAACCCCCCGCGAAACAUGAUCGGACAAUCACAGUCCGGAACCGGAAAGACCGCUGCGUUCGCAUUGACGAUGCUUUCCCGCGUCGACCCCAAGAUCCAAGCCCCACAAGCAGUGUGUCUCGCACCCUCCCGCGAACUCGCGAUUCAAAUCCAAGACGUCGUCUCAACCAUGGCCAAAUUCAUGCCCGAGAUCAAAAUCCAGCUCGCGGCAAAAGAGUCCGUGGCAAAAGGCGCAACCGUCGACGCACAAAUCGUCGUCGGAACCCCAGGAACCGUACUCGAACUCUGCAAGAGGAAGCAGAUGAACGUCUCACAAGUCAAGGUCUUCGUAUUGGACGAGGCAGACGAGAUGAUCAACCAACAAGGCCUGGGCGAGCAAUCCCUUCGUUGCAAAAACACCGUCGGCCGAAACGCCCAAAUUGUCCUCUUCUCCGCUACAUUCCCCGAAGCAGUCCGGAUGUACGCCCAGAAAUUCGCCCCAGAAGCGAACCAAAUUGAACUCAAACGCGAGGAACUCAGCGUAGAGGGAAUCCGUCAACUCUGGAUGGACUGCAAAUCCCAAUCCCACAAAUACGAUGUCCUGGCCGAACUUUACAAUGUCCUGACAAUCGGGCAAUCCAUCAUUUUCGCGCGGACAAAGGCGAGCGUUAUGGAGAUCGCGAAGAGGUUGGAGGCGGAUGGACAUGCGUGUGUUGCGUUGACGGGUGAUUUGGAGCCUACACAGCGUGACCACGUCAUGUCCUCCUUCCGUGACGGUUCGCACAAAGUCCUUAUCACAACCAACGUCAUCGCCCGCGGAAUCGACGUCCUCCAAGUCAACAUGGUGGUAAACUACGACAUGCCUCUCACCCCUCCCCCCGAGUCCAGACCCGACCCUGCGACGUAUUUGCACCGUAUUGGGCGAACGGGAAGGUUUGGAAGGAUUGGGGUUAGUAUUAAUUUCGUGUGUGAUGAGAGGAGUUUACGGGAGAUGCAGGCGAUUGAGAGGUAUCUUGGGGUGAAGAUGAUCAAGGUUCCGACGGAUGAUGUGGAGGAGACGGAGAAGGUUAUAAAGGCUGCUUUGAAGGUUUAG